UUUAAACUCAACGCGAAAACUUGCUUAUAGCUAUAACAACACCCCGAACUAAAAUACUGACACACUGUCCGAUAAUAAUUUGGAAGCCGCAUUCCUUUGAUCAAGAAACUGUAGAGCAAAGCAUUCAUACUCGUGGGGAGGUAGAGAGGGUUCUAACUCGUCAGGUGCAUCCGUCGUGUGAUUGGCUGCUUUUUCUAGGUUGAUUUCAUAUCCUUCUCUAGCCAGGUGAUGGGAAACAUGUUUCAAGCUUCGGAGCAAAGCCUUCAGAUAGAAAGGAAAGAAGAGGUUCUUGAGUCUUCUCAAAAGUUUAUUUUUUAAUGCUCUUGCGUAUGAAUAAGAAUUAAACGCGUUUAAACUUCAAGAUUCUAUCUAAUUAAUAAAGAAUUUGUCUACAGGAAUACCUCUAAAAACUUAGUAUUUAUUUAUAUGUCUAAAAGAUCUUCAAUCUCAGAAUAAAUAGCAUAUUUAUUUCCAGAAUAAAUCAACUUUCUGAAGUAAUGUACAUAGUGAAGUAUCAUCCAAUUUGCCAGCUUUUAACAUCAUAUACACAGAAAAUGUGACAUUCUCUAACAGGAAUAUUUAAAUUGUCUUCAUGAAAUGUUUCUUGGCUGCAUGUAAAAUUCUUCUGCAAUGCUUCGCUGGCGAUUAAAUUCAAAUACCAAUGUAGCAGUUCACUAAUGAGAUACUGAAACUAGAUAUGCUAUAGAGCAGAGGUUUUGCUUUAUAUUCUUCAUCUUGAUAUUUUGGAUUUAUCGUCAUGUUGCAACUUCCUCCUCCACUGUUUGAGAGUAAUCAAGCUCCGUGCCCCCCAUGGUCGUCAAAUCGAAAUGUCGGCCUGGGAUGUGGGUCCACUGUCAUAAACGGUGUAGUUGGUGGUGGUGGAGGAUGUAUACGGCCAGAACGUUCUGCAAGAACUAAUGUACAAAAGCUCACUUGGAGGAACUCUUACUGGGUUAAAGGGUAUUCACAUUCAGAUGCAAAAAUUAGCAGCAUGACUAUUGCUGACGUAAGUCCAACUGUUGCUAUGAGACGAGUUAUCCUUUUGUAUGAAAAUCAACAGUACAGAGAAGCGGCAAAUUUUAUCAAUAGAUUACACAGAUCUAUUUUCAAAUCCAUUUUAGAAGAUCUACCAGUUGACAUGUUCGUCGAAGCUAUGCCUCAGAGUCUGCCUAUCCUCGAAGCUCUGUACGCAAAGGUUUUUCUCUCUGAUGGAUUAAAUUUUCCACUACGACUUUUAAGGCCAGAAAGUGUCAUUAUGCAGAUGGCAAAACUUUUCUCUCACCGUGAGAUAUUUGAAAGUCAAGAAAAUGUUCAAAAUCCAAUUGUCUUGUCGUGCAAAAAAUUAAUCAAGGUUAUAGUUCUCUCAGAGCCGCGAUUGAAGAAACAAAUGAUAAGCAGGAAAAGGGCUCUGGAAAAGGCUGUGGAAGGGUUAGGCCAACAUGGACUUGUUGGAACUUCAGACAAAACUCUUAUGAACUUGCACGAAGCAUUAAAAGUUGAAUUUGAACGCGCUAUUCACCAAUACAAGAUAGCAGUACAAAAAUUAGAUGAGCUGUGUCUUGCUCCAAGGCAACUCGUGACGCGAUCUUUAUCUUAUGGACCAGCUCCAACAAAAGCUAGCCACCAACGACAACUGAGUCUUCGUCAAGACGAAAUUCAAGAGAGGCUCAUAAAAAACAAAUCAUUGUUGAAUGUUAUUGAACCAACACUUACAGAUCAUUCUUUGAAACUAUUGUUGAAAAUACUCAGGAAAAGAGUUGAAAUAGAUAAAGACAUCAUUUUCCAGUUUACUCAGUUGAAGAAGGAGGUGAAAGAUGUUAGUCCAGAUGCUGUCGUUGCUGCUAUCCUUAUGAAAUAUUCGAAAGGUUGUUCGAAAGUGUUAGAGAUCAUGAAAGAACUGGGUGAUGAUGCCGAUGACGACACCAGUAGUAGUGACAUAUCUGGAUACCACAGUGAUUCUGAUUCUGCUAUUGCAAGUGGUAGCCUUCAGAGCCGAGGAUGUAGAAGAUACAAUCUCAUGUAUCGUUCAGUACGUGUGUGAGCAGUCGCAACAGCAGUGGAGGUAGUAGUCCUGACACUCGAUCUUGUGAAAGUAGUCGAUCGGCAAGAAACAAGCCAAAAGGUGACAUCCGAAAGGGACAUAAUA